CUCAAAAGCUCCAUAAAAAACAGUUAAAGUAUGAAUCUAUAUUGAAAAAUGACACGGAUAUUGAAGCUAGUAGUUGCCCGACUAUGGUAAUGGUGGAACGACCAGGACGAAAUCCGUGCUGUUCCUCCAUAAGAAUUCUAUUGAUCGAUGGUUGAAUACUAUGUAAGACCAGCGAUUCAAAAAUUUUGGAAAUAUGCGACUGAAUUGAAAUAGGACGAUAGUUGGAAACAUUGGAGAGUUCACCAGACUUGUGUACAGGGGUGACAGCACUAAACUUCAACAUAGAAGGGAAAAUUCCUUCUUCAAGUGAACGUUUAAAAAGAGUCCAGAGAGGGAAAGCUAUGACAUUUCUUAAUUGAUAUAAGUAUUCACCGGAUAAUCCAUCGGGUCCGACGGACCAUUUGCCAUGCAAGUCAGUUAACUCUUCAUAAACAUUUUCAACAGUAAAGUUAACAUUAUUAGGUAAGUCAAAGGACCUGAUUCCUAACGAGGAAGUAUCAAGGUUAAGAUGAGCUUCGGAGAACACAGAAGAGAAAACUUGAUGGUGUGCAACUAUGGUUUAGUAAAUGGUUUAAGUAGAAAAGAUGUUUUACAAGUUUUUUCCCAUUAUGGACAAGUGGAGCACAUAGUAAUGCUACCAUUUAAAUCAUAUUGUUUUGUUUGUUUUGCUAAUAUACAGGAAGCAGUAUGUGCCUACAAUAAUAUUAAUGGAAAAAUGAAUACUCUUCCAGACCAAACAACUUUUUAUUUAAUCUAUACAAACUCAGUUCCUAAAGUAGUAGAAAUUGCAUCUGAAUUACCAUCUGGAUUAAAAAUUAUUGAUAAUUUUAUAACAGAUGAAGAAGAAUCAUUAAUCUUACAGUACUUUAAAGAAAAUUGGUCGGAAUCAAGCUCUAUGAAGCAUCGUCAAGUGAAACAUUAUGGAUAUGCAUUUGAUUAUGACAAUAAUGGAGUUCGACAUGAUAUGUGUGAUCCAAUUCCUAAAGAAUUUGAGUUCAUUUUGAAUGCAAUUAAUUUACAUUUAAAAUGGUGCCCUAAUCAAAUAACAGUUAAUAAAUACUUACCUGGACAAGGAAUACCAAGUCAUAUAGAUACUCAUGGAGUGUUUGAUGAUUAUAUUUUGUCUCUUUCUUUGAAUUCUGAUAUUAUUAUGGAAUUUAGAAAAGGAAACUACCAUAAUAGUAUUUUGCUCAAGUCAAAAUCUUUGUUAAUAAUGUCUGGUGAAUCAAGAUUAGAUUGGACUCAUGGUAUUACACCUAGGAAAUUUGAUAUGUUUAACUCAGUAGACGGUCCUGAUAUUAUGCGUAGAGGAAAUAGAAUUUCUGUAACAUUUAGAAGAGUGGUACAGAAUUAUGAAAAUAUUGAAAUAAAAAAAAAUUUAUAUGAAAUAUUAGGCUGUGAUAAAACAACAUCUUUUAAGAUCCUCAAAGAAAAUUACAGAAAAUUACUUGUUAAGCUUCAUCCAGAUAAGAGUAUUUCAUCAUCAACUACUGCUGCCUGUGCUGAAUUGAACGAGGCGUGGAAUGUACUGAAGGAUCCAAAUUCAAAAAAAGUGUAUGAUGAAAAAAUAGAGCAAUGUGACAUUGAUACAGUAGUAACAAUUUUUGAAACUUUGAUUGUUACUGAAUUAGAAAAUAAUGAAGAUGAUGAUACAAUGUCUUAUAGAUGUCGAUGUGGCGGUUUGUUUUUAGUACCUAAGUCAAUGAUUCAUAAUGUUUCCAAUGUUGAGCCUAUAUUGUUUCCCUGUGAUGAUUGUUCUUUAUUUAUUGAGGUUAUUUUACCAAAUACUAGUUUAUCAUAAUGAAAAGAUUUCUCACAGAAAAAAUUAUAUGAUUUGUUAAUUUGAAGUUUUA